UCCUGUUGACUGACUUCAUGUCCCCUCCAGCUGGAGUCUGUCAGUGUUGAUGAGCUGAGGAUUGGAUGCAGCUGUGCAGCUCUCAGCCUGGAACCAGGUCCUGGAGCAGGUCCUGGAGCAGAUCCAGGAGCAGGUCUGAUGGUUCUUCACUCAUGGACGAGUCGGCGUUGGAGCGGUACUUCGAUGACUCCAUUGCAAAUGACGCCAGCUUCAUUCUGGGGGAGGAGCUGGACCUCCAGGGCCCCGCCCCCUCCCACCUGUCGACGAAGGCGGGGCCGAGCGGAGAGCUGGGGGGGGAGGAGCUUGACCUCAGCUUCCUACCCGAUGAGCUUGGCACGCAGGACAGGCGGAGUCGCCACGACGACGACAUAGCUGACAGUCAGACGGCAGCGCUGGACGUGUCUCAGGACAGCGGCGUCGGUCUGGACUACAACUCCCAGGAUUCCACAGCAGCAGCAGCUGAAUCCCAGCAGGGGUCGUCCAUGACGGGGACGGGGACAGGCGCCUCCCCCUUCUGUCCCAUGACCCCGAUGACCCCCAUGACCCCCAUGACCCCUGUGACUGAGAGGUCAGGAAUCAUCCCACAACUACAGAACAUCGUGUCCACAGUGAACCUGGGUUGUCCUCUGGAUCUGAAGUUUAUCGCCCUGCAGGCCAGAAACGCAGAGUACAACCCGAAGCGCUUUGCGGCCGUCAUCAUGAGGAUCAGAGAGCCGCGAACCACCGCGCUCAUCUUCAGCUCCGGGAAGAUGGUCUGUACCGGAGCCAAGAGUGAGGAGCAGUCCCGGCUGGCAGCCAGGAAGUACGCUCGGGUGGUUCAGAAACUGGGUUUUGCUGCCCGCUUCAUGGACUUUAAGAUCCAGAACAUGGUGGCGAGCUGUGACGUCUGCUUCCCCAUCAGACUGGAGGGACUCGUCCUGACACACCAACAAUUCAGCAGUUAUGAACCGGAGCUGUUUCCAGGCCUCAUCUACCGCAUGGUGAAGCCUCGCAUCGUCCUGCUCAUCUUCGUGUCGGGGAAAGUGGUUCUGACCGUCGUGUGUUAAAUUCCAGGAGCUAAAGAACGAGCUGAGAUCUACGAAGCGUUUGAGAACAUUUAUCCAAUCCUGAGAGGGUUCAGGAAACAGUGAGGCCGACCUCUGAUGUCACUUCCUGUUUGUUUGUAAAUAGAUAAUAGAAUCUGUUUUAUUUUGUGUUGUGGAUGGAAAUGAGUUUGUUUCAGAGUCUCUUUUGAGUAUUUCACCAUCCUGAAAUAAAUAAAUGAUGUAGAGCAUG